AUGGACGGAACGGACAGUCUGCUGACGACUUUGUACAAGUACGCUUCGCCGGACGCGUUGCCAACAAACACCCUCCACCCAUUCGCUUCCUCAUCCGAGACAUCGACAGCUGAAUUGAGGAGCUUGCUCGAUGCGACGAGCAUCCUCUCGCAAUCACUAAAUCUUCACUUGUCGCUUCCUUACUCAAACCCUAAGCUAGUAUCCACUUUGCGACAACAUGCCGCUAUCCAGAGUACUUUGCAUUCGUCGGAGACAGGCAUCGCCCACACGAUAUCAGAGCUUCGCAAAGCACACUAUAAGACAGAAUACAUCGAAGACAUUCCUCUGGACCGAGCUCUCAUACCUCUCUACUGUCUCUCACGACUGGAGACAUGGGGGACCUCAGCGGGGAUGGAGUGCUUCCGAGAAGAAGAGCGCGAUGGGAGGAUUUUGCUGGUCCUUGGAGGGAAGGUCCUCGUAGUGGACGUCGAGGUUGCUCUGGAUAGGAACGAUGCGGCCGGCCCCAAGUUAACGCUGACGAACGUGAAGACGAGCUAUGCUGUGCCCAGUGCGAGUGCAGGGGCGAGCAACGCUGUCGGCUCGACAUCUCUCGACAUCUUCCUGAUGGAAGUGAUUCGGCGAUUCUUAGACGAAGCGCAGAGAUCCGAGGAGACACAGGACUGCGCGGAAGCCGCGAGGCUGGCCAAGGUCGUCGCGAAGAGUUUAGAGUACCUUAUGAGCUUGGAUAGCUUGGCUGCAAAGGAAGGAGACUCUGGCUUACGGUGGUUCGGUGAGGUCGAUCGGUUGGCUUCUUCUAUUCAGGGAGUAACCAAGAGCGAGACGGAGGCUAUAUCAAGAUCGUUAUCCUUGGAUCCAACGCCCCUUGAUAUCUAUCUCAUGCGUGCGCACUCACUGCCAUUACCUUACACUAACUCUCCUACGAUGUCCUUCCUCAUCCACAUCUCCCCGCUUUCAUACCUCACGCUCCUCCGCUCCUCCCCCUCCCAAACCCGCCAGUCUUCCUCAGGAAGCUCAAUCGACAUACCCGUCCCUCAUCUCCGCACUUACCUCAACUCCCACCCGAAGCCACCGGGGGUCACGUUAGCUAGCCUCCACCUCGUUCAGCAGGCGCAGUCCCAAAUCCACAUGUCGGAGGACUCGAUGGAAAUGCCCCCACUGAGUACUCGGCCGACGUUCCCUUUGCUCUCCACGCCGGAGGAGACGGGCUAUGCUUUUCCUGGCCCUCAGUCUCAACCCCAAUCUCAAGGUGAGGAAUCGGCGGAGACGCUGAGAUAUAGGUGGGACUUAGACUUCACGGAGGGUGGGAGGUCGAGGGGCAUGGUCAUGGCUCAGAGUCGGAUGCAUGAGAUCGAAAUCAUCGUGAAUCCGUUCGGGGGUAUGACAGCGGGUGGAAUGGGUGGAAUGAUGAGCUUCGGAGGGGGGAGCUGGGUGGACUUGUUAUUGAAUCCCGAUGCCUCGAACCUGGUCUCUCCUGAAAGGUACACCGCUGUCUACACAUCCCCCACUGCAUCACAUCCGGACCUUCAACUCCGUCUGACUGCCCCAGAGGAACCAGGUUUCUUCCUGGAACGGGUGCAGGUAAGAAACAUGAAAGAAGUUUGGGGAAUUUUGGAGAUAGUGAAAGAACAAGCAUGGCUCAACCAGACUCUUCUCGGUUGCCAAUGGUUGCCGGAGGGUUUGGCGAAUAUUAAAGACCGCCCGACGGGAGCGCCACCGGAAGACGAAGAUGCUGAUGUAACGGAAGAAGACCUGCACGCCGUACUGAGUGGCUCCAUUACGCCCCGGAAGAUCCCCGUGAACGUCUAUAUUGCCUCUUCAGCCGACCCCGAUCCAGCGCAUCAUCCUCUCUUCGACUCAUCCCUGUCCACUUUCUCUUCCUCCCGUCCAACCAUAAUCAUGACUUCUCCUGAAAAGCCACCCAUAUCGGGUCUCUUGGAGGUUACAGUGAGGUACGAGCCGGAGAAGGAAAAAGGUGUUGCAGUAAAUGUAAGUGCUGUCGGUGCGAUGGAAAGCGAGUUAAGCCAGGACGCCAUGGAGGAGAUUUGCCGGAGGGGAGGAAUGUUCGGCUUGCCUGGUAGGUUGUGGAACGGGAUGCAUGCUGGGCAUUAAGGCGCUAAAGCUACAUAUGCCACCGACGUAGUAGUAUUUUGUUCUUCCACUCAUUACACAUUAUUGUCAGAACACCG